GUAAGCGAUGUUCGUAUGUGAAUUCAAACUAUUGAAAAUUCCGUCGGUAAUAAGCAAACGAAUUCGUGUUCCAGUGAAAUGUUCAAUUUUUGUUAAUAAUACAUACAGUCAGUUUAAUUUCAUCAUUAAAAAUCAAGCAUUUUUAUUCGUCAAACAAAUUGCUUAAACAAAAUAUCGUCGAAAAAACGUAUAGAAGGAUAGAAAAGACAAGAAAAAAAGUGAAUAUAUUUGUUCGGCGUAUUAAAAGUCUCAUCGUUUUCCUGCGGUAUCAAAAACUAUAUAUACACACAUAUAUAUAUAAAUACAAAGAUUCACAUCCAGUCGGCUGACAGCAAUUACAACAAAACAAAACAACAACACAAAAAAAAAUAGACGACAGCAAACGACAAAUAUUUCAUGUGCUUUUAUGUGUAUGUGUGUGAGUGCAUUGCAUCAAAAAAAUAAAGAAAUAAUAAUUGGAAAUUGGACACGCUGAUUGGAAAAUUUUGAUUUAAUUUUGCAUACAAAAAUCAGAACCAAACUGGAAAACAGACCGUUGAUUGAAGUGCAGGCAAAGAACGUGAAUCGAUAAAUCUGGUUCGAGAAACAUUUGGAGCGACAAAUAAAAGAAAGUGCGAAAGUGGGAGAGUGAAGAAACAAAAACCUCCAAUUAAAAAAAUCAACCAAAAAAUUGAUUGAAACAAAAGAAGAAGAAAAAAAAAAAUAAAAAAGAAUUAAAAUCAAGUUUAUUAUUUGUUAAGUCCUGGGUGCGCGCCAAUUGCAACGCCGAAAAAGACGCGCGCAAUGCGUGGCGAUUCACAAGACGUAAGUGCUGAAGUUUGGCAAGAAUGGAUUUUGGAGGCGAUACGAAAGAUUCGAUCACAAAAACAACGACCAUCUACACAGAGAAUAUGUCAAGCAAUCGGCAGCCACCAUAAAUUUCACGAAGACAUUGUAGCUGCAAAAUUGGAAGAGGCUGUUACAAACGGUGCCGUUAUAAAAUUAUAUAAUAAAGGUUUACAUUCGUAUAAGGCGCCGGUUGCGCGUAAAAGUGUAAAUAUUUCUAAAGAUACGGAUAUAACAAGACUAGUGGUAAAAGCGGUACGGGAGCUUGGCGAAUGUGAUGGUUCAAAUGCGAAAAAAAUCGAAACUUAUGUACAAAAAUCAAACAAUAUUGUGUUGACCGAUGAUACCGUUGAUUUUCGGGUAAUUGUUAAAAAUGCACUGCGAACAGCCGUGUCCAAAGAGUUUUUAGUGCAAGAGGGUAAAUUGUACAAAGUGGGUAAAGUGUCGCUUACAUCACCGCGAAAGCGACGUUCCACGUCGCCACGGAAAAAACCCGGCACAUCAUCAUCAUCACAAGGUGAUAGUUCAAUAGCCGGCACCAGUCACAGCAGCAACGAUAAAUCCAUUCUGACAACGGCCAACACCACAGACACAUUCAUCGGCACAUCGCUUAAUACAAGCAAAACGAGCGUAUGUGUCCAAUGCAAUGGUACAGCAUCAAAAGGUCCAACCGGAACGGCUGAAUUGUUAAGUUCGUGUUGUGGUUGUGGUACAUCGUUACAUUCAUCAUGCGCAAGUAAAUUGGCAAAUCUAGCAUCAAAUAUUGUUCCACUAUCGAUUCUUGUAAAGAAAGGUAGCAAAUGGUUUUGCAAACAAUGCCAAUCGUCAUGUAGCGCAUGCAAAACGUCCGCCUCAAAUAGUAAUAGUAAAGGAGUCUGUCUGCUGUCGUGUUGUACUUGUGAUAAGAGCUACCAUCUAUGUUGUUUAGAUCCAGUGCCUGUGAAAAAGCCAAAGUGCCCAUGGAGGUGUCGUCAUUGCUUAGAACAUCAUGAUAAUAAUGAAGUGAAAAAAUCGUCUAGUCGUAAAUCAGCCAAUUCACCAUUGUGUGCAAGAAAAAAGAUGAAUAAAUUACAACAAAAAAGUGUCGAUAAAAAGAAACAGCUGAGGCUGGAUUCAAUGUUACAGGGUGCAACAUUUAGAACACCGGAAACGACGUCGUCACGAAUAUCGGAACGAUUGAUUUCAUCAACGCCACUCAACAGUAGUAGUUCGCAUACAAAGAAAUCGACAAAUGCUCGACGAAGGAUUGUACCUGCAACGAAUUCAAGUCGAUUGUCAUCGAGUGACGAUGAUGAUGACGACGACGACGACGACGAUGAUGAUGAAGAGGAUGAUGAAUCUGACGACGAUGAAGAUGAUGAAUCGGACGAUGAAAGCGAAGAAGAGGAAAAUGAUGAUAUUGACAUUGAUACGAGGCAACGGACAACAUGCAACGAUGCUGACUUCGAUGAUUCCCAUAUAAUCGGUAAACAAAACUUUUCCAACAAAAUACAUUCAGUUGCGUCGCGAAAUUCGUCUCAAGUGAUUAGUAGUCGAAUCGGGGAUACACAAGCCACGCAUUCGCUACAACCCCAUUUAGGAAAGAAUGUACGAAUGUCAAAAGAAAAGCAGAAAUUCUUUCGACAUUCGGCAUUCAAUAGUGAACGAAUUCAAAAAACAUCACCCACUUCAACCAACUCAGCAACAACAAAUCGAGCAGCAACAAGUUCAAGCAGCGACGAAGACGAUGACGACGAAGACAGUGAUAGCUCAUCUGAAUCGUGCAGCUCAAGCAGUUCCUUUAAUUCCGAUAGCAGUUCGUCCAACAGUGAUUCAGUGUCAUCGGAUGAAGAUUCGGAUAUGGAUGACAAUGAUGAUAAUGCAAGUGGUGCUGGUUGUGUUGCUGUGGCUAGUACAACUGUAACUACAUCUGGCCGUGAUACUGGUGUUGCAACAUCGAGUGGUAGUUCAAAAAAUACCACCGUCACCAGAUCGAAGGAUUCAAUUGUUGAUGCAAGUACAUCAUGGGGUUUUGCGGCCGAAGCGAAAAAGAAUUUCGAUAUAUUUCGUCGUUCAACAAAUGCCUUAAGUGAACGUGUUUUUGGUAAUUUUGAUGGUGUCGAUAAAGAGUCACUGGUUAAAACAAGCUCACAUCAAUCGUCAUCCGGCCAAAAUGCACGACUAUCAUCAGCCCAACAGCAGCAACACCAACAAACCAAUUCGUCACGACUGUUGAUGCCAAUGUUUUCGAACAAAGGUGCCGCAACCGAUGGCAAAUCAGUUGGCCGACGAAAAACCAAAUCACAAAGCCACAAAGAGUACAACGAACAUCAAUUGAAGGAUGCGCGCCCUGAUAAAAAGACUGAAUUUAGUAGCUUUCUUAAAUCGAAAAACAAUCGAAAAUUAAACGCUUUUGCCGUAUGCGACAGUGGCGAUACGAUGGAUACGAAAAAUUUAUUCACACGACCAAAGACGACGACAACGACAACGUCGAAUGCGACGACGACGAUGGUGACAUCGACAACGUGCGCAUUGUCAUCGUCGUCGUCGUCGUCGCUAAGUUUUGGUAGCAAUCGCGGUAGCAAUAGCAGUGCCAGCAUAUCGAAAAUUCGCUUAAACAAUAACCAUAAUAGCAAAACAAACAAGCAAUCACACUCCAAUACUUCGCGUUCGCAUUCAAAGCAGGAUACGAAUCGAUGCAUUGCAUCCAGCGCCUCAUUAAAUAACAAUAGCAAUAGCAUUCGAAAUAAUAAUACAAGCUCAAAUAAUGCAAGUAAUAAUAAAAUGGGAGGUACACCGCGACGCGUUGCAUUAGUAUCGCUACCACUUGAUCCAAAUAAAAUCCGAUACGAUUCAUCGAGCGAAGAUGAAAUACCCUAUUUAAAGACAACACCAUCAACAUCACAUCAAUCCGAUAAAAAAUAUUCAUUGGAUUUUGCCUCGCUAGUUGCAACAGGGAUUGAUCAUACAAUCGGCCAUCAUAAAAGUGACCAUCAUCACCAUAGCCAUAGGCACGGUGUACGAUCAAUCCCUGAUCCGUUAGGAAUGUCGUCAAAUUAUCCAAUGUUGUCGUCAUUGUCACCGCACACGCCACCAUACAACAAAAAUCAAUCAAUGGAAAAACAACCACUUCCGCCGGGUGUGACACAAAAGGAUGCCGAUUUGUUUAAGGAGGUGCAAGAGAAAGCGGUUGAUACAGUAACGGAAAUUAUGAACGAAAACGGUGGCCAUAUAAAUUUAGCUGUUGGUCAAGGCACCGGAAAUUUAAGCACAUGCUUAUUAUCAACAUCAUCGCUGGCGAUGGCCGCCCAAGCACGUUGUCCGUCUGCCAUUGAAUUUGGACAAUGGCACAUUGAAACAUGGUAUUCAAGCCCAUUUCCACAGGAAUAUGCACGGCUACCAAAACUCUUCCUCUGUGAAUUCUGUCUGAAGUACAGUAAAAGCAAAGCCGUAUUGGAUCGUCAUCAGGAAAAAUGUACAUGGCGUCAUCCACCCGGAACCGAAAUUUAUCGUCGCGAAGAUAUAUCGGUGUUCGAAGUUGAUGGCAAUGUGAAUAAAUUGUAUUGUCAAAAUUUGUGCCUGCUCGCAAAGCUGUUUCUCGAUCAUAAAACAUUGUAUUAUGAUGUUGAGCCAUUUUUGUUUUAUGUUAUGACGAAAAAUGAUCGUAAAGGUUGCCAUUUGGUUGGUUAUUUUUCAAAAGAAAAACAUUGUGCACAAAAGUAUAAUGUGUCAUGUAUCAUGACAAUGCCACAGUAUCAGCGUCAAGGUUUUGGACGUUUCCUAAUCGAUUUUAGUUAUUUGCUGAGCCGCGAAGAGGGGCAACCGGGCACGCCCGAGAAACCAUUGUCAGAUUUGGGACGUGUUUCAUAUCAUGCCUAUUGGAAAUCAGUCGUACUCGAUUAUUUGUACAGAAAUCGAGGUCAACCAAUUGCAUUGCAAGCAAUCGCAAACGAAACUGGCCUCUAUGUACCCGAUAUUGCGCUCGCAUUUCAACUAUUGCAUUUUGUACGUUGCGUUAAACGUGAUGGUGAUUUUAAAUAUCAAAUUUUACUAUCGAUAAAUUGGGAUAAAGUGAGUGCAUAUCAUGAACGAACAUUGAAGCAGAAAAAUCGCAUUUAUAUCGAUCCAGAAUGUUUACGUUGGACACCAUUACUAACGCCUGCCUUGCAUAUGUUGAAGAGCGAUUCGGAAGAUGAAUCUACUAUGCAAGUGGAUGAAACGAACAAAAGUACCUCACCCGAUCUUACUCUAGCCGAAGUGGCUAGAAAGAGAAUGCGCGGUUCCAAGAAAUCACCCACCAAAACAACACCAAAACCAUUGGGACGACCACCGAGAAGAUCCGAAAAUGCGGCCGCUCAAAAAGCGGAAAAAGCACAAUUUGAAACACCACCAAAUACAGCAGGACAUAUAGAAAUAACGUCGUCCGGUCGACGACGAAUACGCCCAAUGAAAUUUAACGAUUUUGCUGAUAUCAAACCAAAAAGUGCAUCAAAUGAGAAUUUGGUAUUGCGUCAUACACAAGAGCUUGAAACACCGGUGAAAGAAUCACGUCGACGACGCAGUGAUCGUGAGAUCAUUGAGAUGGCUUCGCCGGCCAAAGAUUUGGGCGAAACGAAACGAACACGAUAUCACACAAGUGCCACAAAAUUGGAAACCGAUGAUCAUCGUACAUCGAAGCGAAAGAUUUCAUUGAACGUCGAUGAAAUGGAAGCAAUGACAACAACACACAAGCGACAAAGAACCAUGCGUGAUUCAAGCGGCGCUACAACACCGAGCCGACAUACGCGUGGACGUUCGAUUACAUCGGGUGUUAGUGUGAAAGAGGACACAGCCACCAUUGAACCCGAAAAAACUCAUAGACGACGUCGAACGGCCGGUGUUCAAUUGACCGAUGAAUCAAGUGAACUUGAAGUUCGUAUCAAAGAAGAACCACGAACAAGUCAAUCGGAAAUAACACGGUAUGGAAAAUUAACAACACCAUCGGUCGAAAAGCAAUCACAUCGUGAUAGUCGAUUGAUUGCACAACCCGUCAUUAAAUGUGAACAAAUUGAAGCACCACGUCGUGGACGCAAACCGAAACAACCGAAACAACAAGUUAUUGAAUCAGAUUCACAGUCAGAAUUAACGGAUGCCGGACGAAAAUUUCCAUCGAGCCGAUUGCAUCGCAUGAGCAACCGAAAGGAAUCGAAUCAUCCGAUGGUCGAACGACGUUCAUCGCGAAAUAUUAGCGCUCAGGAACAAUCAAAUUCACCGGUUGCCAGCUCCGAACCAUCUGGCGAUGAAUUCCUUAAAUUGAACGACAAACGUAGUGGACGUCGUCAUUCAAGACGAAGCCGUGGUCAAAGUAUUCAAGAUCAAGAGAUUAUGCAACCGCCAAUGGUUGAAAAUCAAUCGGAAGAUGAUAUCGAUAGCGUUUUAGAAGAUGAACCGAUUAGCGUGCGCAAAUCAAAAACAAUGCUUGCCGAUAUAUUUACAAAGGCAGCCGGUAAACGUGGCAAACGCAAACGAAGCUCACCGAUAUUGUCGAGUAAAAUGCACGGUCAUCGAACAUCGGGACGAAUUGCAGCUGCGGCUGCAAUGGCCAAACGACAACAAAGUCCAUCGUCUGAACGUUCGGCUAGCGCAUCAACACCGCAUCAUUCGCACGGUGGAACUAGUAGCGAUGAUCAACAAAUUUCCAAUAAGAAACAAAUGACAUUGCCCGAAAUGAUGCAAAUGCAAAAGGCCAAAAAUAGCGCCAUCGAGCAAAGACCUAUCAAACCGUCAUCUUCAGUUGAUCUCACAAAUGAGUCGACGAGUGAACCGUCUAAAGAGUCGUCUGGAAAAUCAGCCCUUACACCCGCGCCUGAAUGUGUAACACCGGUCAAAGAGGAGACAAAACCGAUUGCAACAACACCAAAAUUACGCGGUAAACGAAAUAUCAAUCAAAGCGAAUGCGAAAAACCGCAUGAUGAGUAUUCGGCCGAAGCUGACGAUGAAAUGGAAGAAGAGAUCAAAUUGUGCAAUAAGAAAAAACUAAUGGUUGCACUUAAAGACAUAAAUGCGGAUAAAAAACUGGUCGAAGGUUCAUCAGUGAAAAUGUAUUCGCUCGAACAGCGUGACAAACCGAUGUCAUCCACUUCAACGGCUGCUGCAAAUGUUCCAACGCCAUCGAAAACCAUUGAAAAUCUAAUGCCUACCAUUCAAAAUAAUCCCGUUGUUGAAAAAGUUCCACCGGCACCGGAACUGAGCGACAAAUCAAUAAGCGAUCGACAUUCGGUUGCCGUUGCAAAAAAGACAAAGAAACAAAAAAUUAUUGAAAAUGAAAUUGAAAGCGUUGAAAUCCCCACAAUUGAUGAACGAAAACGUGACGAAUUCAAGGCCACCAAUGAACGAUUAGAAGAAGAAACCAAAAGCAAAGACCAUUAUGAAAAUGAUCGCAAAGAUAAGGAGAGAGAACGAAAGUCAGAAGAGGAUGAAAAAGACUUAAACAUCAAUAAGACAAACGCUUCGGAAGCAAAGGUUGAAAUUCCCGUUGCACCGCCGCCACCGUUGCCGCCGACAUCAACCGAAAAAGAUGACGAUGCCGGUAGUGCGAAUGAGCUUGGCAGUGACGAUAUGGAAAUAUGUGAUGAUACAACAAACACAACGCCCGUAUAUGAACCGCCAAAAUUCUCAUCGCCACCGAAAAACACUUAUUCAAAAUUAGAUCGAUUGCAUACGGACACUGUGACACCGCCAAAAGAAAUCCAUUCUGUUGAGCAAAAGAAAGAAGCGUCUCCUGUGAAAGAGAAACAAACAACCGAAGUUGCAAUGUGUCAAUCGUCAAAUUCAAAUAGUUCACCAAUUAAACCACACGAAAAGUGGUCAAAUGAACAAUUGCGAUCCGAACAAUCAACGGUGCAUAACGUAAAAAGUGUUGUGGUCAAGACAAAUGAAAAUGUCGAAGAACGUUCACCAAUAAAGAGUGCAUCAUCCACGACCGUUAUCAGUCCGAAUAAAAACCAUGAAAAUGUUGUUAAAUCACCAAAUAUUGAAGUGGGUCGUCCGAAUGUAAUCGUUGAUGCUCAAAGUGAAUCUCAAGAAGCAUUGAAACAACAAGUGUCGCCCGUAAAAAGUGAUCACCAAAUGGCAACGACGAAACCAACGACAAUAGAAAGUAAUGAACAUAAAACGAAAACAGAGAAACAAGUUUUGCCUGAAAAGGUAUUGUCAUCGUCAACCAUUGUAAAUCCAAAAACUAGUCCAACCGUUCGUCCGUCAAGCGAAUCAACAAAUGUCACCAGCAAAAUUGAUGCAACUGAAAAAGAACCCAGUCCAAAUAAGCAUACUUGCAAAAAUUCGGCCAGUGAUUUCGAAGCUGUCAGUGGUGAAGCGACUAAGUCAAAAGCAGUACCAGUAAAUCGAACCGAGCACAUUUCACCGCGUGAAAAAUUACCGAAUCAACCAAGUACCGGUGUGCAAUUGAGUCCAGAGAAAUCCCGUGAUUCAAAGAAUAGUGUUAUUAAAUCGGUAAACGAACCGAUGUCAUCAUCAAGCGAAUGUGUGCCCUUGAGCGGUUCAACGAUUGGUGUGUCAAAAAACGAUGAAACUAAAACGACAACGCAGGAUUUUUGUCAACGCAUUGAUCCGACCAAAACACCACAGUGUGCUAAAUCGGAUGGCAAAAUUGAAACAAAACAUGAACCAUUCAAAAUGGAUCACAGUUCACCGCCAACAUUAUCGACCUCGUCAUCGUCGUCAUCGAUGAUGGAGAAAUCACUGCGUUUACCAGAUAAACAUGAUAUGAAAACACCACCAAAAAACACAAUCAUUCAACCAAAAGAAGAACCAAAUCGAAUGGACACAGCAACGCUCAGCAUGCAUUCGUCGAACGGCAAUCAACAAUCAACCGGCACCGAAUCAACAAAAAGUCGUUACAAACAACAACAAUCGCACGCCACCUCAAAACAAAGUCAUUCGUCCGGUAAAAGUCAAAGUGGUGAACACAAAAAGAGUACAUCGAGCAGUUGCAGUCAAACAUCGCACUAUGACAUAAAACGUGAAUCGAAAACGGAAAUUAAACCAAAUUCCGGAUACAUAAAUGAAAGCACAAUGCGACGUGAAUCACCAACCAAACGGGAUUCGUCUGGCAAACAAACGACCGGUUACAAUUCAUCGUCCACGUCGUCGUCAAAAAACUUUUCAAAUGAAUUGAUGUCAAGCAGUUCGGGCACAUUAUUAUCCAGUGGCGAAAAACGGCAUGGCAACGCCGAAAAGAAAUCGACAUCAAGCGAUAAGAAAUCAAAUAGCGCGGAAAAGAAACAAUCGGAAAUGCGCGGUAACAUUGACACUGAUCUCAAUAAGAUGCGACCACAAUUUGCAAUGAAUCAAUUACCUAACUAUCAUACGGCACAUCAGUAUUAUAAUUUAUCACCCUGGGAUGCAUACAAUUAUCAUUCGGGUUAUAAUAUACCACAUUUGGAUCCAUCGGCCACACAAAAAUCACCAACAAAAUUUCAUAAGGAUUUGGCCAAUUCGAUGUACGGUGGCAUGACCAGCAAUUAUCUGGCCGCCAAUUCACUAGCUGCACAACAAUCACAACAACAACAACAGAACACGCAACAAAUCCAAUCGAAUUUACAGUACCAACAUCAACAACAGUUUGCAUUUGAUUUUCAGCUUCAACAAUCUAGCGGCAAUCAAAAUAUUCAGCAUCAGCUGCAACAUCAGCAAAAUCAACAGCAACUUCAAUCGAAUUUACAAUUGCAACAUCAUCAACAACAGCAGCAACAGUCGGUACCGCCACCGCAACACAAUAACCAAAUGCACAACCGUGAUAAAUCAUCUUCGCAAGCGCGAAAAAGUUCGAACCAUGAUCAAAAGCAUUCCAACAAAAGUAUUAAAGAAGAGCAUAUGAACAAAACUAAAGAAUCUUCGUCAAUGUAUGCGAAUCAGAUAAAUAAAGCCAAAAAUCACCAUCAAAAGAGUCACAAUGAAAAAGGUCAUGGUAAUUUGCAAAAUAAUUUGAGUCCAUCGGGACAUAUGGUUCAAAAUCAAAAUGCAAUGAAUGCCAUAUCGGCCCAAUCCAAUAAUUUGAUGAAUACAAAUAAUGCACUCAAUCCAAAUAUGAUGCAAUCAACGAAAGCAGCCGCAUUGGCCGUUGAACAAAAUCAACAUCACAUUCAAAAUGCGCAUCAUCAACAAGAUUUGACGGGUAAUACAACGCCGAACAGUAAUACAACCGAAUUGAAACAGCACACAUCACCAACGGCUGACAUUCCAUCAAUGGGCGUUUAUACACCAGACUCAACGACCAAUUCCGUUCACAGUUUGCAUCAUUAUGGUCAAUGCGAUUUGGAUGUUGCACAUUUGGGUCUUGAAUCACCGGCCAGUAUUGCGAGCGAUAUCGCAUCGCAAAAUUCGGUUGAAAAUGUACGACCACCGAGCGUUGUGUCACAUUCACAAAUGAAUCAAUUCUCCGAUUGUUCGAUUCAGCAACAGCAAGCGAACCAAGCACAUCUUCACAUGGCCAUUCAACAUCAUCAACAACAGCAACAGCAAUCGAAUUCGGGCCGUGGCUAUCAACUUGGUCCAAAUGAUAUGGUUGCCAUCAAUAAUCAUCAACAGAAACAGCAACAACAACACAUGGUUGCACAACAAGUUCGUGCCACAAAUAAUCGAUCGACAACGCCAAAAGCGAGAAACACAUCAACACCAGGUUUACAACAGCAACAUUCAUCACAACGUGCUCAACGAACCGCCACACCAAAUCAUACGGUUCAACAGCAAAUGGUCAGCCCGGGUGCAGGUCAACAAAUUCAACAAAUGUCAAUGCAACAACAAGUGCAUUUGCAACAUCAACAAGCACAAAACCAACAUCAAGCUCAACAAGUGCAUCAGCAACAAGGCAUUGAUGUACAGCAAAUCGAUCAAUACAAUAAUCAUUUGUCCGGCGCACCGGUCCAUGGUCAUCACCAAGUGAUGCAUCAACAGCAUGACUAUUUGGGCGUUCCACAAAUGGGUUCGGCACAAAAUUAUGCGGCACAAUCACCAAAUUCGUACGGUACAUUGCCAAUGACAUCGGUCAUUCAACAUCGUGUGUCCGGUAAUCAUUCCAAUUUAACAACACACAAUCCAUUGCCAAGUCCACAUCAACGAUUGGGACCAUCACCAUCAUCCUGUUCGGUUGGUUCAAACUUUUAUGGACAAAGUCCAAACGUUCCGCCAGUUUCCCAUACGCCAGUUCCGACCCCAACCCCAACACCGUCCGUUACACCAACAUUACAACAAAUGCAUGCUUCAGUUGGUGCAAAUAAUGCUGGUGCAGCUGGCAACAAUGCCAACUUGGCCAAUCCAUGUGUUGAUUCACGAGCUGGUAAUGUAUCAAGCUUAUCAAAAUUGCAGCAAUUAACAAAUGGUUUGGAUAUUGUGCAACCGUGCAAUACACCGCCGGCGGCUUCAUUAAAUUUAACACCAUCGCCAAAUCAUCAUCCACAUAAUACGAUGACACCACCGCCACCUACAUCUCAUUUGGUCAAUCAAAAUCGUAAUUUACCAACGCCACCAAGUGCUGCUCAAAUUCCAUCGAUUCCAUAUCACAAAUACCAUUAUUCGAGUAAUAUUUCGCACAUUCAAAAUGCAAGCCCGAAUCUACCGCCGAAUUUGUCGCCAAAUUUAACACCAAACAUUGCAUCAACACAACGUUCACGAACCACACGAAAUGCACCACCGUCGGCAAAUCUCAUUUCACCAUAUGGUUCGGCGCUGAAUGGUUAUCGAAUGACCACACAACAACCGAGUAGCUAUAUUGCCAAUUCGGCGGCACAAUUUAUGAAUAACCCGAGCCAAUUGCAAAUCACAAAUAUGGCCAAUGUCAUGAACAUGCAAUCACAGUAUCAAGAUCCAGCCGCACUACAACGUGCUGCGGCCGUUCAACAAAAUCCCAUGUACUCAGGAUAUCCAUAUAUGUUGAAUGCGAAUCCAAUGCGUAGAUGAGGUUUGCGUGAAGGUCAGGUUUGCGUUAAGAUCGAAGAUACCUGCGACGAUGAUUUCUAGCUAUCACUCAACGAACAUGAUUUGACAAACUUCAGCCAGUAACAAAUGAAGGCAUGUUUAUAAACAUGAAAAUUAGAAGAAAAAAAAUCAACCCACACAAGAAAAAAACGAAAAAAAGAGAUAAAUAAAUAAAAGGCAAUUUGUUUCAGGCGUGCGUCUUUGGAAAAAGUACGAAAUGGAACACCUUUUGAUAAAUCAAAUGCACCAACACGCACGCACAGUGAAACAAACAACAGAUCAAGUAAAAGACCCAUUUUUAAGAAAACAAGUUCAAUGAUGAACCACAUUUCAAUCAAAUUAUGUAUUUAAUGAGAAACUGUAAAUAAAAAUACAAUGUAAUUAAGCGAAGCGAAAACACACAUACGUGAAAAAAUGAACACAGAAAAAGUCGGGAGGAUAAUGAAAAUGAAAUUUAAGCGAAGAUAGUUUGAUACAUGUAUUUCAAUCAUUUUUUUUAUAUUCCUAAAGGAACGUUGUAUUCUUUAACAAUUUUUUUUCGAUUUAUUUAGUUAUUUCACUGGAUAUAGCCACAGCAAUCCAGAUCAUUUACGUUUAUUUUUAAUAUCUUAUGCUAUUAUUUAUUUUAUAAAUUAUGUAAGUGCUACAAUAUUUAACAUAUGCUCCACUGGAAAAAAAAGUCUAACCGAAACCAUAACGGUCGGUAUUUAAAAGUCGAAAUGUCGAUCAAGAAAACGAAUUGAAUUUACUGAAGAAGCAAACACAAAAUAAAUAAGAAUGUUACCGUGUUAACAAAAUAAUGAACAAUUCCCAUAAUUUGGCACAUUUGCCACAUCCGGUGUCGAUGAUAAAGAUACAAUUAAUCAAAUCUAAAAGCAAUAACUGAAUUAUCUCCUCCUGGAAAAGGCGUGGCAAUUUUUUUAAAUUCUGAAUUCCGAUAAAUACAUUUCAACAUGUAAAUUAUGUGUGCGAUAGGAUAGCUUAUUCCAGAUACCUUUUCCAAUCAGCAACACCUCUUCCCAAUUUUCAAUCAGAUUUUAACGUCGUUUUUCUUUUAAUUUAAAUUGAAAACGUUUCCGUUGUAGUUUCAAUCAAAGCAAAGAAUCAAUGCCCAAUACAGAGAUGGGUUGAUAAAAAUAAACGGAACAGAAGAAAACCAAUUAAAAAAAAUCAUACAACAACAACAAAAAAUAACAAUGAAGAGAAUACAAAUCUAACACGUUAUUUAAUUAUAUCAUAGAAAUUUAACUUAAUGAGUCUAUUUAAUAGAAAUACAACACAGCGAACAUGAAUAAAUGAAAUAAAAACAAUCUUUAACCUGCGACAUAUAAAUUGCGAGACAAAUUGAAGAAUAUUUGUGUAAAAUGAAUUUAAAAAAAGAAGAAAAUACAAAUUUCAUGGACUCUGUCUUUCACACGGAAGUGAGUGAGAGGGAGGAUGAUGAAAUGAAAGAAAAACACGCCUAUACAAAUCUAAACGUUUAGAACAAACAAGUCGAUGUAAGUCUUAAACACAAAUUAUAUUUGACAAAUAAAUUAUAAACCACAAACAAAGAUGAAUAUAAAGAAAUGAGUUGAAUAUAGAAAAUA